UCUAAGGAUGUUGGGCAGAUUACAAGUUUAUGAUACCUUAGUUACAUGAAAGUUCCUUUGCAUGGGACUUCUGCAGCAAUUAUUCGGUAGUAAAACUUAUGUUAAUUUACACACCUGUGAGAUAGUCCCGCAGAGUAGUUAUCACAGAUGCCAAACAUUGUCUCACUUGAUAACGUAACUGUAGUCAAUGUAAUUGGAGAGUUCUCGAUAUCUGUAUUUGAAGUCUUCAUUUAUCAAUCGGCAUCUAUAAUGGCAGAUGUGGCUCGCAAAAAUAGUGUUCAAGAGCAGUUUUCCAACAAUAAAUCAUCCCAGCUCGACUAUGUACAUAUCACAUACGCUUCGGUAGGAUUUUUGGCAUUCUAUUUGGUGGUUGGCAUAGGCCAACAGUUGGUCUGCAAUAUUAUUGGCUUUUUGUACCCAGCGUACUGCUCAAUGAAAGCAUUGGAAAGUCCGCAAAAAGAUGAUGAUACUAAGUGGCUAACUUAUUGGGUUGUUUUUGCUGUCUUUACAAUUAUCGAGUUCUUUGCUGAUUACAUCGUUUACUGGCUUCCUAUCUAUUGGUUGAUCAAGUGUCUCUUUUAUGUAUGGCUUAUGGUACCAAUGGAAUACAAUGGAUCACUGAUCAUAUACCGGCGUAUCAUCCGCCCGAAAUUUUUGCAGUACCAACCAAAUGUGGAUGCUAUGAUUUCCAACGCUCGUGAUUCUGCUGUUAAAAUCGCGGCAGGUGCUCUUUCAAGUGAGAAAAAGGAUUGAAGUAAAAUCUGUUCCAGAAAUUUCUAGGCUGGCGGAAUUGAUGAUUUCUAAAUUAAGCAAAAGUCCAGUAAUUUUUUCCCUCGCCCAUUCCCGAGAUUCGAGCUGGCUUUUUUUAAGCUUGAAAUCUCACCACGUUUAUUUAUGUAUUACGUUUUUACAAAAUAUUUCUAGUUAGGAAGUGAUCGGAUGCUUGUCAAUACGAAUAUGUCACACAAAUUGGUAAGAUCUAUUUGAAUGAUGAUUUUACGUUAGUCAAUUUUGAAAGUUGCGGUUCUUUUUUUUACCGACAAAAGCUUCAUGUAGACCUCUGAUAUUUCGGAAUGUUUUCAUUGAUCUUUGAACAGUGUUCUUGCAAAUUUUUAUCUCAAAAUCAUGCGUAUUCAUCCGAUUUCAUACUGCAUGAGUGUCUUAUAUACGAAACAUUAAAUUAUUUAAUAAUAAAUUACCUAGAGAAACCAACUACUAAAUAAUAAUGAUACUUCCUCAAGUGCUGUGUUUGUAGUUUUGUUAUUCUAUCAACUUAAAAGUAUAUUGUCUUAAGAUAAAAAAACAAUUUGUUGAUCAAACUUUUUUCUGCUCAAGUGCCAUUAAGAUUGAUUCAUCCGCACAACGAGUCUAAACCAGAAGUAAGAUCGAUUUAUUGCUGAAAAAAACUUGUGUAUCUGUGCCUUUUUUUCUUUGCCAUGAUGCUAGAGUUAAUACUCGGUAAACUAUAUUUUCAAAAAAAAUGAAUUCCAUGAAAUCUUUUUUCAUAAAAUAUCUUUGCAGAUACCUCUUAAUUUUUCGACUGGCUGACUAAAUUUCUUCAAGAGUAAAGUCUAAACAUCUGAAUAGAGCUCUAUAAAUGUCAUCGAUUAAAAUUCAGCUCAGUGAGCAAUUCUUUCCAUUGGUUUUGGGGAUGGCACCACCAACUAACAAUAAAGAUUAUGAUACUUUGUGUGUAUGAGAGGUCAUUAAGAAUCAGCCCAGUUACUGAAACACAAACUAAGUACUUGACAUAUUGGGAUCUGAACAAGAUUAUUUCAUUAUUGUGUUAUAAUGAAAAGAAACAUAUAGGGCUUGAUUCGAUGUAAGAGCAAGUCACAUUUUUUCAAUCUUGUAUCAUUGUACUCCAGUUUUUGAAAAGUUAGUAAACAUAUUAACUGAACAGCUUUUGACAAAUUCAAAAGACAUGAUAUUUGCCCUCAGGAAACAUCAAUGUAAAAUUCCAUAACGACCUCACAAUCAAGAUAAAAUGUGACAGUGGUGACAAAGGUGUGCGAAACAUUAAUAUCGGAAUGAUCGAAUCUCGUGAUGAGCUAUUAACAAUUGUUGUACACAAAUAUGUUCUUUAAUAUUCAUGUUGCAUCACUUUAGUUACGAACGUAUUCAAUAAUUGAAAACAUUGUUUUUGACAAAAUGUUACUGUUCAUUGUUGGUGGGUUUAGAUAUGUUACAAUUAUACAAAUUGGAGCACUGUGCUGCUUCAAAAGACAAUUUUCUUCACAUCUUAGUAACAAAGCUUUACCUCAAAUAAUAUGUUGCCUGAAAAGAACAGAAAUAAAGAUGGUUUUAUUUUG